GGCGCUGCCUUCUCUGCAGUCUGUGGGGGCCCUUGGAGAAAAGUGGGGAGGGGUCGGCAGGGUUUUGUCCUGGGACCGGAGCCGAGUCUCACCUGGGCCCUGCCCCGUGUCCGUGGGGGUCUGUGUGGGAAGAGGCCCUGGGGCACGUGCAGGGCAUUGUGGGCAGGGCUGUGGGGCUGGGCAGGAGGAGCUGUGCCCCCUCCAGAUGCUGUUGUGGGGAAUGGGUGCUGUGGGGGCACUUGAGGGCCCCUGGGAGACAGGACCAUGAGGAGCUGUUGGGAGACGCUGCCCAGGCUGAUACCACCAGGCCGUGGUCUGGGGAGGCCCUGGGGCCAGGUGCAGGGCUCUGUGGGGGGAGCUGUGUCCCCUGUGGAUGGUGUGGGGGAGGGCACUGGAGGGACCUGGGCCGACCUGGGUGUCAGGUGGGUGCUGCAGGGCCUGACAGAGGCCAGGGGCUGGCGUCAGCCUGGGGGGCAGGGAGCUGUGUUUGGGGGUUUCUGGAGUGUCCAGCCCGGUCUCCGCAGCCUGUCAGCAGAAGGGGAAGCGAGAAGGACCCUGAGGCUGCUCUGAGUGGGGGACAAUCAGGGGCAUCAGGGCUGGGCAGACCUCAGGGCUGGGCUGGGGUCACAGUCCUGGGUCUCCCAUCACAUGGUGAAGUCUGUGCUGUCUCCUUUUCCACAAGGGCCUGGGUGGCUGGACACUGUCGGCAGGUGCUGCGCGUGAGUGCAGGGAGAGCAAGAACCCCGGCCCUGGCUGGGUGAGGCCUCUCCUGUUGGAGACUGUGGCUGCGGCGCUGGAGCCUGUGGCAGCUGUGGCCCUUCCCUUGGCAGCCCUGGUGCAGCCUGAGGUGCAGCUGGAGGAGCAGGACCCGGGAGGCCUCCAGGCAGGAGCUGAGGUGGCCGGAUGAGUCCCUCCUGUCGUCCAGGUUGGGACCAGUGGAGGCUCCCAAGGUGGUCAGUACCGCAGGCAGUAAAGCAGCAGCUGCAGGAGCCAGCUGAAUGUCAGGAGAUGCAGGGGCAGGAGGUGAUGCAGACCAUGCGCCGCCUCCUGAGCCUGAGAUUCCCUUAGAGACCCCACAACUUGCACAGGGGAACAAGCUCCCCAUGCCUGAAACCUGGUGUCAAUGCUUCAGGGGCCUCUGUUACCUGGAAGAUGUGCCAGUACUGGAGUAGGUCCUAGAGCUGGUGGUGCUGGAGCAGUUCCUGGCCAUCCUGCCCCAAGAGGGGAUGUUCCCUCCCAGCCCUGUCUGUCCCAGAACCUGGCUCCCAGUGAUAUGUUGAUCUGGUCUCCAGGUCACAGAGAGUGGGAAGGUGGAGGAACUGUCCUCAGACAAGAUGCAGCCCACUGGGACACUGCAGAACCCUGGUCAUUCCUGGCCAGAGCAGCCAAACGCCCAUCGUGCAGACAGGCCUCUGGAAGAGUCAGGAGAGAUGAAAAUCCCCUGGCCUCUGGACAAGCCACCUGACGUCCCCCGAGAAGAGCCCCUGCCCCACCAGAAGUCAGGUGCUGGGACCCUGAGCAGAGCUGAGCAGCAGCCUCCUGAGAAGGGGCCUGUAAAGGUGGAGCUGCAGAACACUUCCUCAGGGAGACUGGAGGAGAGGAGCUCCCUGACACCUGAGCCAGGCCAAGUGCAGAAGUGGCAGGGCAGGCCUCUAAAGCGAGAGGCCAGCUUGGAGCUCCAGGAGGUGUUUGAGGAUGUGGCUGUGUAUUUCACACGGAAGGAGUGGGAGCUGCUGGAAGAUGAAGACAAGGUGCUUUACCAGGCCCAGAUGCUGAAGAAUUACCAAGCCCUCAUUUCCCUGGGUAAAAAUCUGGUUCUUGCUUCUCCCUGGAGCUAUGUGAACACUCGAGUUCUACAGUCACUCCCUGUAUCAACAGUCUCAUCCUUGUGAACUUUUCCUGUAGGUUUAAAUCCACCUCCUCCCCACUCCUGUCAGUGAUCAGACCACUCUUGCAUUUCAUACUGAUAUGUCUGCCUUCAUUUGAUCCAACCAGCUUCACUUGUGUCUUCCCCAUUUAUGUAACUCCUGGUUCUUUUAGAUGCAGCAGUUUCUUGGCAACAUGAUCUCCCUUUGCCUUUUCAGCAUGUUUAUAUCAUCUCCAGUUCAUCGUACAUAAAUGCUCUAAAAGCUGUUCCUUCGGGAAUAAGUCUGAUUUCCUCCCGGUCUGGCCUAGCGUGUCCUCUCCAAACACAUUUAACAAUCCUAGCAUGCUCGGUUCUGUGAUAUCUAAAUCCCCUUUCACCUCUCGUUAAGAUCCAGGAGAAAUUAAUAGAAAGUCUUGUCAGCCUCUGAUGCUACAACAGGGGGAUGAUGCAGUUCCUCAACUCCUCCUGUAGGGACAUACAUACACGUGAUGUAACCCAGGUACUUCUACGGAGGGGUCAAUGGAAGCUUCUGUCCGCAUUCCUUCCUAACAUCUUCAUCUCCAUAGAUCAGAGACUCUGAAUUUGCUGUAUUUUUGUUAAGACCUGUGCUCUCAAGUUCCCGCUGCCAUUCUCAAGUUUUCUUGUGCUCUUGCUAAAAUCUCUCUAGAUCAGAUGCCCCUCCAUCAUUGUGGUAAAAAGAAGUGGGCUAGCUGCAGGACCUAGUAAAAACCUGUUUUCAUUUCCAGAGGAUCUCCAAAACAGGGGCUUGUUCUAACUUGUUCGUAGGGUUGAGGUACUUAGCUUUUACUAGGUCAGUUUGCUUUUGUGAUGCUUUCUUUUCCCUCCGUUUCCCCCAGAAGAUUUUCUUAGGGAAGUGCUUCAGUGUUUUCUUGAGCUCAACAAAGACCAUAUAGACCAUUUCUAUAUUCUGGCUUUUCACAUGCUGCGAAAUGUGUCUCCUUCUGCCUUCCUUUGUCCAUAUCCGUGACUGCCAGGAGCUUUGUGUUAAACCUUGUAGUACUUGCCAACCUGUGCACUCAUCUCCCCUCCUGGUAUGAUCCUCCCAACGGAUGGGAUAAUUGCUCAGUUGCAACUACAGUUAUCAGGAAAUCAUUCUUUUUUGCCCUGGUGAUGAUGAAUUACUCUGUCUCCCAGAAAAAAGUUUCAUUGUCAGUCACCUGUGAUACUCUUUCCACUGCCUCAGGUCCUCGCUUUAAACCUUCACUGAGAGUAUGCUCAUUUCCACUCCUUUUCUUGGAAUUCCACUGAUAAGAUAAAUGUUAUCCAUCCUUGGGUGACAAGGACCAUUAUCUCUUGAAGGCCUGUCCCUGUAGUGCCAUCUCUUUCACCUUAAAUGCCCCUUUUCCCUUGUCCAUCCAGGCCGUAGUAGACACCUUAAGUGCAUUGGAU